GGGCGCACGAGGGGCUCCGCGGGGAUCAUGGACGGUGGAUUCGGUUCGGAAUUCGGGGCGGCCGGGGCGGCGGCAGGCGGGAAACUGGACCCGGGGCUCAUUAUGGAGCAGGUGAAGGUGCAGAUCGCCGUGGCCAACGCCCAGGAGCUCCUGCAGAGGAUGACGGACAAGUGUUUUCGGAAAUGCAUCGGGAAGCCCGGCAGCUCCCUGGAUAACUCGGAACAGAAAUGCAUUGCAAUGUGCAUGGAUCGGUACAUGGAUGCUUGGAACACGGUCUCCCGUGCCUACAACUCCAGGCUGCAGCGGGAACGAGCGAACAUGUGAGGCGCCAGCCUCCCCUCGCCCGCCCCCCGCCCCCCACGCACAAGAACUCUACCCCAGGUGGUCCGGAUCAACUCGGAGCAGGGUCCUGGAGGAGGCCUGGACACAGCCGGGCCCCUCAAUUUCUGGGAAAUGCAUUUUGUGAAUAGAAGGUGUGAGCUGGGUCAGGAGGGGGACUCCAGAGAUUGGCACAGUUGGGCUCCCCUCAGACUGCCCUGUGAUGAGCACCCCCGCCCACCCUUCUCUUUGUCCGAAUAAAAACCCUGUUGGUGUUGCCUGAA